GUGACGAGCGAGGCGGCGGUGCAGGCGUACGUGGCGCGCAUCCGCGCCGUCAAUCCGCACCUCAACGCGGUGGUGGAGGAGCGCUUCGACGCCGCGUUGGAGGAGGCGCGCGCCGUCGACCGCGAGCUGGCCUCCGCCCCCGCCCCCGCCGACGCCGACGCCCACGCGCAGCGCCUGGCGCGCGACCGCCCGCUGCUCGGCGUGCCCAUCACCGUCAAGGAGAGCUGCGGCCUCAAGGGGAUGAGCCACUGCGUGGGCACGAUGCGGCGGCGGGGCCUCAAGGCUGCGGACGACGGCGCGGCGGUGGCGCAUCUGCGGGAGGCCGGCGCCAUCCCGCUGUGCGUCACCACCACGCCUGAGCUGUGUCUGGGCUGGGAGACCAACAACCUCUGCGUGGGCAUCUUCGGCCACAAGCCGUCCCCGGCGCUGGUGCCGGUGGCGGGCCACUACCCGAUGUCCGACGACCCCAACUUCCUCAGGUUCCUCGUGCUGGGCCCCAUGUGCCGCUACGCCGAGGACCUGCGCCUGGGGCUCGUCGCCAUGGCCGGCGACGCUGCGAGCGCGCUGCGCCUCCACGAAGAGGUGGACGUCGGGCAGCUGCGUGUGUUCUUCAUGGAGAGCGCGCCAACCACGUGGCUGUCGGUGCCGACGGACAGGGAGAUCCGCCAGCGCAUCAGCCGCGCCGCCCGCUACCUCCAGGAGCACCACAAGGCGGACGUGCGCAAGACUGAUAUUCAAGACUUUAUCGACGGUGUAGAAAUAGGAGGAUCUGCGUUCUUUGCAAUGUCGGGCAUUCCAGAUCUUCUGAUAGAUCCUGUUAACCCAAAGAAUCGCCGCAACCUCUGGUUGGAGAGCUUCAAGUGCAUCAUUGGCCAAUCUGACAUCUCACCUCAAGCAAUGGGCUUCACCUUUCUGCAAAAUGUCAACUUGUUUAUUCCUCAAAAACGAAUGUCCUACUACCAACAGAUGGGCAAGGCGCUAACGGCCAAGUUCGUGGAAAUGUUGGGUGAGGAUGGCGUGUUCCUCUUCCCCACCUUCCCCACGGAUGCCAACUUUCACAACGAGAUCUUCGUCAACAUUCCAGGCGUCCAGUACCUGAUGAUCUUCAAUAUUCUGGGAUUGCCCUCCACGCAUGUGCCCCUCGGCCUCAACAAGAAUGGUAUGCCCAUCGGCCUCCAGGUGGUAGCAGCACCGAACCAAGAUCGCCUAUGUCUGGCUGUAGCAGAAGCCUUGGAAAAAGGCUUUGGUGGAUGGGAACCUCCUCCAGCUGCAGUUUGAAAAACUAAGUCACAUGCAAAUGAAUGGUUGGAAAUAUUCAUCAAAUAUCUUCCUCAUUACUAUGUGUUCAUAUGAUGGGGACCACUGACUUAGUUCCUUAUAUAUUUAUUUGAAACAUAAUGUAUGAAUGAGUGGAAGAAUGAUGCACAUUUUAUUUUGAUAUUUCUUUGACCAUAAAAAAUGUACAAAGAUGUACCUGAUAUAAAUGAGUGCUUGUUAAUGUUCUAUUAAAGAAUAAAUUCUGGUCAAAAUAAGUGUAUUUAUGUUAUUUGUAUAAAUAAAGAAAUGUUUAAAUUUUGUUAUGAGAUGUUAAUUUUAAUUAUUCAUUUGAAAUGUGGGGCCAGCCUUUACAACAUCCAUGCAACUAAUCUUACAAAAGUAAAUUAGAAAUUGAAAUAUCAUCAUAAUUCAGCAUAAAGCUUUUUUUACUUGCAUUGUGGUCAUAAUAUAUGUUAAAAAGUAGAUAAAUAAGUAAAUAAAUAAUAAAAUUUUUGAAUUAC